GAUCUCACUGACGAAAAGAAACGCAAUGUUAUUAAUGAAGUGGACAUAUUAUCAAAAUUGGACUCAAUUAAUGUUGUUCAAUAUUAUAAUUCGUGGUUUGAAAGUGAUUAUCUGUACAUUCAAAUGGAGUACUGCCCGCAAACAUUGCGUAAAGUACUUGACGACAAAUGGCGAGCAUUUGGGAGACAAUCACCAAAAGAACCAAUGAAUUCGUAUGAGUAUUAUAUUUUGUGCGAAAUAUUUUGGGAAAUUUUGCGGUGCCUUCAGUAUAUUCAUGAAUUGGACUCGCCAAUAAUUCAUCGUGACAUUAAACCGGCUAAUAUUCUAAUUUCAGUAACUCAUGAUAAUAUUAUGUCACUUAAACUAUGUGAUUUUGGUUUGGCAACCGAACAUGAUACAAAGUCAAAAAGCCAUAGCCGGGGUGUGGGCACUCAAGGAUAUAUGGCGCCCGAAAUAGGGUACACUACCAAAUAUGACACUAAAGUUGAUAUUUAUAGUGCGGGAAUUAUUGGACUUGAAAUUAGCGAUAUGUAUCUCCGG